AUGCCGACGCCCCUCGAUCGCGCAACGAGCCAACGUGUAGGUGACUUCUGGUCCUGGAACCUGAUAUACGUUGCCCCCUUCUUCGCCUUUGCGGCGCUCGUCACGGGUGUUGCUGCGUGGAGCAUCUGGGGCCAGGACCUGUUUCCCAGCUCAGACCCUACUGGUGAUCCGGACACAUGGACACACGACCAGUGCAUUGCCUGGCUCAACCACCGAAACCUUCACCCUUCUCCGCUCGCCACUACAGCUGAGCUGCUAGAGCGUAUCAAGGCCAACCUGAGGGUCGCCAGAGAUGGCAAUUACGGUGCAACUGGGCGCCAAAACUAG